GGAAGAUCCAGUUCCUGUCUCGGAAGGGAUUGUCGGCAGGGAAAAUUAAUCUUGAAGAACACUGAACAGAUUUGGUUGAGUGGUAGACUGGUCAACGGUCGAGACGUCUCUCUCUCUAUAGUAUUGAUCUCUCUCUCCUCUUCAUAUCCUUCCUCUAGUCCACUCCCCUCUGUGACUCCCACUCAGUCUCACCGCUUAUCUCUCCCUCAGUCCACCUGAUUCGUCUCCAAAUCACAUCCAUCAUGUCUGACACCAAGGAACUCACCCUCGCCGAGAUCGCCGGCCACAACACCAAGAAGGAUCUCUACAUGACCGUCCACGACAAGGUUUACGACGUCUCCGCCUUUGUUGACGAGCACCCCGGUGGUGAGGAAGUCCUCCUCGACGUGGCUGGCCAGGAUGCCACCGAGGCCUUUGAGGAUGUUGGCCACAGCGACGAGGCCCGUGAGAUCCUCGACGGCAUGUUCGUCGGUAACGUCAAGCGCUUGCCCGGUGACCCCGAGCCCCGCGCGCACGCCCCCGCUCCCUCUGCCUCCUCCGGCUCCGGAACCGCCGGCAUCGGCGUCGGUCUGUACGCCUUCUUCCUGAUCGGCGGUGUCAUCAGCUACGUCGCCUACAACUACAUCCAGCAGCAGCAGGUCGCCGCGCAGUAAGCGUGGAUCCUCUGCAAGAAAGAUUUUUCAACAAAAAAAUAAGGGGGGAAGAAGACAAUCAAAUGACACUGACGAGAGCAUCCGAUUUUUGCCUACAAACCUCCCGACCGAUAGACGACUGGGUUGUGAAGGGCCGACUGAUUGAUUAUUGAUUAUUGAUGGAUGGGUUGAUUGAUUGGCUGAUUGAUCGUUAUCGAUAUCCCAGUACCAGACCGUUUUCUUGUUCUUUUCGUGUUUCGACUACCACCACUACUACCUACCACGUGUUUUGUAAUUUCCCGGGUCGUUUUCUUUUCUUUAUUUCGUUUAUAUAAUUUUUGGACCCAUCAGCCCAUGCUUAGACCAUGAAAGACAGACCCAUCUUGAAUC